CUAUAUAAACCCCUUUUUCUCUAACUUCAUAACAUUCUUUCAACUCUUUGGUUCUACAAACUCCCUUCUUUGCAAAGAUUUUUUUGUGAUUACUUUGCUGUCUGGAUUUGGAUAUUCUACUUGGGAAAUUAUUGGUUUCUGGAAUAUUGAUUGGGGUUUCUUACAAAGUUCCAAUGUUUGAUUCUUAGUUUCAAAUUUCUUCAUGUCAUUCUCUAUUCGCAUGCGUCGAGUCCGGAUUCUGCAUUCUUUCUCAGUAGUCUUUCUUUACUGGUUCUAUGUGUUUUCAUGAACUAGCCCUCAUCAUUGUCUUGUUCCAGUUAAUUUAGAAAUUCCAUAGCUACACUAUCAAAAGUUUGGUGAUUAAACAAAUUACACUUAGUUUCCUGUUAUUCCAUUUUUUAUCAUUCAUUAAAUCGGUCCGAGAGACAUGGCUUCGACUCUGCAAUUGGUGAGUUCUGGUUCAGAUGCAGACCAGAGGUAUGCAAAGUUUGACGAAAGGAAAAGGAAGAGAAUGGAAUCCAACCGUGAGUCGGCCAAGAGGUCACGGAUGAGGAAGCAGCAGCGAUUGGAGGAGUUAAGGAGCGAAACAACACAGAUGCAGAACCAAAACAGUAUCUGCCGUGAUAAGAUUGAUUCUGUUGAAAGGAAUUAUCGUACCAUUGAUGCAGAGAACAACGUGUUGAGGGCUCAGCUUGCAGAAUUAACUGAACGGUUGAAUUCAUUGAACUCACUCACCCAAUUUUGGGCUGAUACUACUGGAUUUCCUGUGGACAUUCCUGAAAUUCCCGACACUUUGCUGGAGCCAUGGCAACUGCCUUGCCCAAUUCAACCUAUCACUGCUUCUGAUAUGUUCCACUUUUGAGCUGCUGGUCGCGUAUUAAAUAUCUAGUUUGAUAUUAGCAAUGUAGUUUUUGUUUCUGACUAGUCAUGGUUGGUUUUGGCUAUUAUCGAUAUUUGAAUAUCUAGUUUGUUGCUUUUAGUAUUUUUGUCGACUUUAUUUAGUCUGUUGGAUUAUAUAUGUUCAUCUUGGAGAUGGCCCUUCUUGUUUCUAUGAAAUUGCUAUGUUCAUUUUGUGA